AUGUCCUUCGAUUAUAGCUAUCUGAAAUUCUCGCAACCUGCAAGUCAGGUCAAGACUAUCAACGUUGAGCCUAUUCCACAGCGUAUAUUCAGUGGUAUGAAGGAUUACGAAGAUGCUGCGCGUGGCUUUACCCUCUUCGGGUUCGAACGUUCUGUCGAGACUGCGGAUGGCCAGAAAACCCCAGACCAUCUCCUCGUAUCGCACAGGCCAGCAGAUGCCCAAGUUGAGCAGAUAUAUCGAGUGCCCACAGACACACAGAGCACCGACUUACAACGUCUCACACACUUUGAUAUUGGUAUUGGAAGAAACAUAUUCGACUUUUUUCCGAUUAAGGGUGAUGAUUGGAGAGGCGUAUGGAGAGGUGGGGGAGCUUUGAUGGUGAUGGAUUUCGACGGGAGUGAAGAAUACCAACUCUGGCGUUACUGGGAAGAUGCUUAUUCUGCGCAUACACUGCCAAAAAUCGAAGGAGAGCUUGAUAAUCACCCUGGCACAGGACGUAUCGAACGGCUAACCCACGAUGGAUUCAGGUACAACAAUCUCAUCAUCUCUCAAUCUGACAGGAUCAUGGCAUUUUCGUCUAACAAAGAGAACAAAACUGAUACUUUGAUUUAUAUAAUGGAUUUGAUUGGGUCAAAGACAGGAGCAAAUGCAGACGCUGCUCCAUUUCAUUUACCUUCAAAGUUAAUCACCCCCACUACCGGCCAAGGCACCUCGCGCUGGGUUGUCGAGAGCAUCUCAGUUGAUGAUCGAUACAUUCUCCUGACAAAACAAAAUAGCUCAGCUUAUCGCCCUUUAUACAUCGUCGAUAUAUCUGGUCCGGGUCCAUACGCACCCGACCUUAUCACUCUACCUCAGUCGACGGAAAAGGAAGACGAGACGGCCUAUACACGGUCUCUUUUUUCGCGUGACCCAAGCAAAGCCUCGUCAAUUUUCAUGAUCACUAAUGCCUAUGGUGAUUAUAAUGCGGUUAUUAUGUACGACAUUGAAACAGGUUCGGUCACGCAUGUUACUUCACCUGAGCCCCACUUGUACGCCCUGCGGCCUAUUUCAUGGGAAAUAUCAAGUAUCGAGGUCACGCGAGACAGGAUAUUCUUUUGUGCCAAUGUAGAAGGCUGGAGUAAGCUCUAUAUGAUGCCUUUGAGCGAUGCUCAUAAGGAUACUGUCAUCGAAGUUCAGUUGGAAUGGGAAGGGGGUGGAAUCAGUUUCACAACGAAUGCACUCAAUGAGAAGCCUGGCGAACUCGCGCUCAAACUGGUUUCUCAUCGUUCACGAGGUUUUGUCGCUCGUUUGGAUAUCGCAUCUUCACUCGAACAUGUUCAAAGAGAUGAACAAGGUAAUGCAUAUAUAUCUACUUCUUUCUCAGAAUACAGCCAGGCAGCUGCAGCCCUCCUCAAGUUCCGAACGUUGCCACCCAAGUUGAUCAAGUUCAAGAGCUUUGAUGGGCUGGAGAUUCCUGCGAUGUAUUAUCAUCCGUCUGAAGAACAGUCUGUGGCCCCGGUCGUCAUCGGAAUUCAUGGAGGCCCAGAGUCCCAAGCUACGGCACAACACCGAGUCCCUAUCCACGGAUACUUGCUCAACGAGUUAGGCUGCGCUGUUAUUUAUCCAAACGUGCGGGGAAGUUCGGGGUAUGGAAAGAAAUAUAUGGCAGCAGACGACGUUGAGAAGCGAGAAGAUUCGGUAAAGGACAUUGGCGCGCUACUAGAUCACGUCGAUAAAAAUAUGAAAUGGCUGGAUUCUAAGCGGAUUGCUGUGAUGGGUGGAUCAUACGGAGGUUAUAUGGUGUUCGCUAGCUUAAUACAUUUUUCUUCUAAGCUUACUUGCGGCGUUGCAAACUUCGGUAUUGCCCAUUGGCCAUCUUUUCUCCAGAAUACCGCUGCUGUUCGUCGCGCUGCCCGGCGACGCGAGUACGGGGACGAGACCAUACCGGAGAUCAGAGAGUUCCUCGAAAGAAUAUCUCCUUUGAAUAAUGCAUCAAAGAUCACGGUCCCUCUUUCGAUCGCACAUGGCGACAAGGACAGUCGCGUCACGGUGGAAGAAGCAAUCCGCAUGUGGGAGAUUGUAUCAGAGAAUGUUCAUGCAGAGCUGAUGGUCUGCGAGCAGGAGGGUCAUGGUGCGCUGUCGUCUGCUGCAUGUGCUACGAACUGA